CAGGGAUCACAGCUGACAAGUUUAACUGCAGGGAGGUUGCAAUAAUUGGCUUUUGUUGAUUUUUCUCUUUCAUUAAUUAAUUGUUCCCCGUAAUAAAACUCGUUUUAUUAAUUAAUAAAAAAAGGGAGAUGGCCUCUCACGUGCCUCUGAGAUAUCUUACUCACCAGCAAAAGCUGUGCAACCUCUACAAAGAAUAUUUGAGGAAUCUGGAGUCUUGGCAUACUAAGAGGUUGGACUACAGAUACCAGGCAGUCUUAGCUCGUGAUAAAUUCGAUCAGUACAUGAAAAUCAACGACCCGGAGAAGUUAACAAAAGUAAUUAGUGAUGUCGAAGAGGAACUCUUUUUGACGCAACACUACCAGCCAAAAAUGUUUGCUAACAGUGUUAGAGGUAAUGCCUAUGGUCGUGAGGCUCACAUACCCGAUGUAGUACUUGACCACUGGCAUCCACUUGAAAAGGCUCAAUAUCCAGAGUAUUUUGCUACGAGGGAAAAAAGGAAGGAAGAAUUCGUCCGCAUGUGGGAGAAGGAGUUCUCAAAAAGUACAUAAAACACAAUUAUGUCAUUAGAUACUUUUAAUUUCUCUCCAAAUUGUUGAUGUAAUAGAUUAAAGUGUACAUUACUUGUUGA